AUGAGGGCAGUUAUAUCCGAUAUAGAUCCCUUCGGAGACGUCCUCGCUGUGACGCUCGGUUUGCCUGGGGGCACGGAUGAGAUGCCGGAGCUGUCGGAUGAUGGCCCUGGGCGCCGGCUUCCUUCUCCGGACUCGGGAGUUGACGAAAACCCAAGGAGCCACGAGCCCCUGGUUUCCCUUGAGAAGGGAAAUGUUGGCUGGAGGGAGGGGAAUGCCCAGCGUGAGGCAGCCGCGGAGGCCGAGAUCUCGACGGCGGAUCCCGUGCUGGGCGGGAACACCUUCCCAUGGGCAACGGGACCGGACUGGAAGUCCGAAUCCGUUACAGCUGAAGAAGAAUCGUAUGGGGAAGAGGACGUGGAAGAGGACCACUAUUCAGACAAACAGCUGUCAUUGGUGGACCCGGCGAUGGAUGGCUAUGGCCAUGCAGGAGCAACCACUCCAGCCACCAAAGCUGACUCUACCGCAUUCAUCGUCAACAACCUGACGAAUGAACAUCUUGCGGCGAACUGAACUGGCCGUUGCCAACAUAGGCGGUAAACCGAGUGGAUGAGGGAGGCGAAAAUAUUCUUAGGUGGGGUUUGGAGCCG